AUGUGUGUUAUCGACUCCAUACCAUUGGCCUGUGACAAUUCUGACCGUGCUUGCACAGUUGGCGGCGACUCUGUCAAAGCCAUCCAAGUCGUCGCAGAAGCCGGAUCGCAAAACAUCUGGCUGGAUGUCGAGGGCCUCGCCACUCAUCCCACUAUUGGCUCCUUGUCAUUGUAUCUGUCACAAUCUGCCCGGAAAGGCAAGGGUACGGCGCCCUCGAAGCCUCAGACCUCACCCUAUGAAACGUACGACACGUCCAUUAUCGAGGAACCCCAUGCUCUCAGGGCAUUAGCACACAGGAUUGCCCCGGUUGCACCUCUUCAAAAACGGAUUCUCGAACAUACCGAACAAAGGAUAUUAGCUCCACUUAUUUUUGUCUACGAGCUGAAGGGCAACGUGGACGAGGAUAGAGUGGUUGAUGCCCUUAAGGCCCUCACGGCAAAGCAUAACAUCCUGCGCACCACCUGGGCCAAGACCAGCAUGGGUUAUUGCCAGGUCCUUCUCCACGAAUGCGAGGUACUGUUCUCGACCGUGCGUGGGAGCAUUGGCGAUCAUAUCAAGGAGUGUGAGCGCACAGUCUUUGGUCUGGCAGAGCCAAUCGCUCGCUAUGCUUUGGUCUACACAGACCAUGGCUCGACCUUCUUGACGAUCACCAUCCACCACGCUUUUAAUGAUGCUUAUAGUCGCACUCUGUUAGAGCGCGACCUGGUGCGAGCACUUCGAGCUCCAGAUGGCUUGAAACGAGACCCAACUCCACCAUGGUUCGGUGAUUUCUCAUACUACCUGGUAGAUCACAUCGAUCCAACGGCGACCCUGGAGUAUUGGCGCAGGUAUAUCGGUGAAUCCACGGCAGAGAUUUUCUACCGGACUCCCUCCGACCUCGAAGGAGUUGGGGGCAUCGAACAAGUGUUGCAUCAUCGACUGGAUGCAGGUCUCCAGGUUGGAACCAGCACGGUCAUACUCGCGGCCUGGUGUCUGGCUCUGGCCAGUCACUCGGGCCUGGACGACUUUGUCUUCCUGUCUGCAAAGAUGGGCCGCAGCCUUCACUACCCAGGCAUCGACCAAAUCCUGGGGCCGAUGUUGGGGGUCUCUGUGGUCCGGUUCCGGACCCCGGAGAGGAGCUGUUCGACGCAGAAGUUCCUUCAGGAUAUCCUGCGGGAGUCGUCCAGGCACGGGCCCUACGAAGCGGGAAUGAUGCCAUCCGUCCUCCGUCAGCUGCGGCCCAUGCAAUGUCAACUGAACAUCAGACUUGGGACACCGGGGAUACCUAAGACCCGAGUGACGGAUGAGCUGACUAUCUGCCACCGCAGGGACCUGCAGCCGAUUGAUUUCAUCCCCCAGUCGGGAGUUUACUUUGGGGUGGAUCAGCAUCCUGAGGGCCUUCAUUUUAUCCUGAGGUAUCAGCGCAAGCAUGUCAACGACGACCGCGCCAACUCCCUAUUCAAGAAUUUUGCACGCCUGUUGAUGCGCAUUUCCGCAUCUCCUGCGGAUGCUCCUAUCGGGGAAAUAAUUAAGGGCGUCGAUAACGUGGGUGAUGGUGUGCAGGCUUGA